CCUCCCCUCCCCUCCCCACGCGCUCGGGGGCGGCGGCGGGCGGGUCCCCUCUCCUCCGGCUACAUGUUUUAAACUCGCUUCCGGCUCCUCCGGCAUGGACCGACCCAACGCCGACGAGGAAGAGGCGGCGGCGGCCGCCGCCCCGGCCAUGGCUCAGGCGGCUGCCCCGGGCGCGCUGGAGCGCCUGCUUCACAAGGCCACUGACCCCUGUAACCCUGAGGAAAACUGGGAAUGUAUCCAGAAGAUUAGCGAUCAAGUCAAUGCAGAUGCCAACGGCCCCACCACAGCUCUGCGGUUGCUGGAACAUAAGAUCCAAUCACCACAGGAAGCAGAAGCACUGCGUGCUCUAAAUGUGCUGGAGAUGUGUGUGAAUAACUGCGGUGAAAAUUUUCAUCAUGAAAUGGGGAAGUUCCGUUUUUUGAAUGGGCUCAUCAAAGUCCUCUCUCCCAAGUAUCUUGGAGAGUGGUCGACGGACAGAGUCAAGUCUCGCAUCGUUGAGGUAAUGUUCAGUUGGACGGUGUGGUUUCCUCAGGAAGUGAAAAUCCGAGACGCUUAUCAAAUGCUGAAGAAGCAAGGAAUUGUAAAACAGGACCCAAAGCUGGUGGAGGACAAAGUUCUACCACCACCUUCUCCAAGACCAGCUAGUUCUAUUUUUGAUGCUGAUGGUGAGAAAUCAAAGCUUUUAACAAGGCUGCUAAAAAGCAAAAACCCAGAGGACCUACAAGCAGCCAACAAGCUGAUCAAAGCACUGAUGAAAGAGGCCAAGUCGGCCAAGGUGUCGAGGCGAAUGAAUGCCAUCAAGGAAGCUCACAGCUGUGCUGAGGCCCUGGAAGAGAUGCUGAGCGGUUGCCAAGCCAGAGAAGGAGCAGCAAUCCCCAAGCCAGCCCUGGAGGUUCUGCAGGGUGUGUUUGCCAAGGGUGAGAAGCUGAAACCCCUGAUGUUCCGAGUGGCCAGCGAAACGGUGGAGGACGAGGAGGCUUUGGCAGAAAUUCUGCAGGCAAAUGACCGGCUCACGCAGGUCCUUCGCUUAUACGAGCAGAGGUUGGGGCCCAGCAGGGAUUCUGCUGACACCACUGCAGAGCCUCAGCCCCCUCCAGACAGUGUAAACGGUCUCACACUCAUGGACUUCUCUGAGAUGGAUGCAGGGCUCCAGGCGCCCACAGCGCUGCAAGGGAAUGCAGAGUCCGGCCUCUUGCAAGGCAGGCUGCAGCCCUCCUCCUCCUCUCGGUCACUAGAUGAGGAGCUGAUGUCGUUAGGUCUCCCCCACAGCCCAGCGGCCGGGGCGCCAUUCCCCAGUGUGGUCCCUCAAGUGACGCCUCCGUUGCCCUCACGCCGUCUCCCCUGCAGCCACUCUUUGGCUAAGCUUUUCAUCCCACUGGAUUCGAUUAUGCUGAGCACGAUUCCACCGGUCACCAUCUACGAGCGGAACGGCCUGAAGGCCAUGCUCCACUUCGCCAGGGACCCAGUUUCCAGCUGCCCAGCCACCAGGGUGCUGGUGCUCUCUCUGCUUAGCACAUCCCCUUCUCCAGUCCAGCACAUUGUGUUUCAGGCUGCUGUGCCAAAGUCGAUGGCCAUCAAGCUGCAGCCGGCCACAGGCUCAGAGCUGCCUGCCUUCAACCCGCUCUCAGCCCCAGCUGUAAUUUCCCAGGUCUUGUUGCUGGCCAACCCUGACAAGGCUCCCCUGCGGCUGAGGUACAGGCUGCUGUUCAGCCAGGAUGAUCAGGCUCACAGUGAAGUCGGGGAGGUGACGGAUUUCCCCCAUGCAGACCUUUGGGGUGGGAGCUGAAGAUGGGAGUUGAUGGCUGCUUCCCCGGUGUCUUCUGAAGAAGCCCCAAAGUGUCCCCUUGGGUCUCAGACUUGGGCCUCCCUUAUAGAAUCAUAGAAUAGCAGAGUUGGAAGGGGCCUACAAGGCCAUCAAGUCCAACCCCCUGCUCAGUGCAGGAAUCCACCCUGAAGCAUCCCUGACAGAUGGUUGUCCAGCUGCCUCUUGAAGGCCUCUGGUGUGGGAGAGCCCACAACCUCCCUAGGUAAAUGAUUCCAUUGUCGUCUUUGUGACCAGACUCAGGUGGGGUUAGGCCGCAACAGCUUCUUCUUUCUGUAAACCAAUCAGUACAUUUUUAAAAUAAAAACUUCGCUAUCUCUGUAUUCAUUUGGACCUAGAAA